AUGUCCAGUUUAAACAAACGUCAGAAAUUAAACGAUUCAAAUUCAAAUAACACUCAGCCAUGGGUUGAAAAAUAUAGACCAAAAUCUUUAGACGAUGUGUACUCCCAAGAUCACACUGUCUCUGUUCUUAAAAAAAAUUUACAAACAUCUAAUUUGCCUCAUAUGUUAUUCUAUGGUCCACCAGGUACAGGUAAAACCUCUACAAUCUUAGCUAUGACAAAGGAAUUAUAUGGCCCAAACUUAAUUAAUUCAAGAAUACUUGAAUUGAAUGCUUCUGAUGAACGUGGUAUUAAUAUAGUUCGUAAGAAAAUUAAGAAUUUUGCAAAAUUAAUUAUUUCAAAGCCAAGUAAAGACGAUUUAGAAAAAUACCCUUGUCCACCUUAUAAAAUUAUUAUCUUAGAUGAAGCUGAUUCGAUGACUUCAGAUGCUCAAUCUGCAUUAAGAAGAACCAUGGAAAAAUACUCAAAUAUAACAAGAUUUUGUUUGAUUUGUAAUUAUGUCACACGUAUCAUCGAUCCCUUGGCUUCCAGAUGUACAAAGUUUAGAUUCAAAUCUCUAAAUAAUGAUAAUGCCAUCGAAAGAUUAAAAUUUAUUUCAAAAAAUGAAAAUUUAAAUGUGGAAAAUGAUGAGAUAAAUAAUGACUUUUAUAAAAAUCUAUUGCAAAUCGCAAAUGGUGAUUUAAGAAGAUCAAUAACACUUCUACAAUCAGCCUCUAAUUUCUCAUUAGAUGGACCAAUCACUUCUGCUAGAAUUGAUGAAUUAGCAGGGAUUGUUCCAGAUGUAGUAAUAACAAACUUGGUGGAUAAGAUUUCAAAUAAAAACUUAAAUGAAAUUAUCGAAUUUACAAACAAUAAUAUUGUAAAAUUAGGCUAUUCAGCUUCAGCAGUGAUCUUACAAUUGCAUGAUUAUUAUAUUAUAAAUUCAAAUUCAGAUACAAAAUUCAAAAAUAAUGUAUCGUAUUUACUAUUUGAUAUAGAUUCAAAAUUAACUAAUGGUUCCAACGAAAAUAUUCAAUUGAUCACUUUAUUAUUAAAUAUUUCUCAACUAUAUUAA